AUGGCGAGCUUCACCGUCUGGGACUACGUGGUCUUUGCGGCCAUGCUGCUGGUCUCGGCCGUCAUCGGGGUCUACUACGCCUUCGUGGGAGGGGGCCAGAAGUCGUCGAAGGACUUCCUCAUGGGGGGCCGCAGCAUGAGCGCCCUCCCCGUCGCGCUCUCCCUCACCGCCAGCUUCAUGUCAGCGGUCACCGUGCUGGGCACCCCUGCCGAGAUCUACCGCUACGGUGCCAUCUUCUGCAUCUUCGCCAUCACCUAUGGCCUGGUGGUGCUGUGCAGCGCCGAGAUCUUCCUGCCCGUCUUCUACAGGUUGGGCAUUACCAGCACCUACGAGUAUUUAGAGCUUCGAUUUAAUAAAUACCUGCGACUCUGUGGAACGAUCCUCUUCAUUAUACAAACGACUUUAUACACUGGUAUUGUCAUUUAUGCUCCAGCUUUAGCACUAAAUCAAGUCACUGGCUUUGACUUGUGGGGUGCAGUGGUGGCGACUGGCGUGGUCUGCACUUUCUACUGCACACUGGGCGGUCUGAAGGCAGUGGUGUGGACAGACGUUUUCCAAGUUGGAAUCAUGGUCGCUGGAUUUUCAUCUGUGAUUAUACGAGCUGUGGUGGUUCAGGAGGGAAUUGGACGCAUUGUAAAUGAUUCCUACUAUGGAGGAAGAUUAAACUUCUGGGACUUUGAUCCCAAUCCUUUGCAAAGGCACACCUUCUGGACGAUUGUUAUAGGUGGGACUUUCACAUGGACUGCCAUAUACGGGGUCAACCAGUCUCAAGUACAGAGAUACAUUGCAUGCAAAAGCAGGUUCCAUGCAAAAAUGUCCCUCUACAUCAACCUGGUGGGCCUCUGGGCGAUCCUGGUCUGCGCGGUGCUGUGCGGCCUGGCCCUCUACUCCAUCUACAAGGACUGCGACCCGUGGACGGCAAAGCAGGUGUCGGCGCUCGACCAGCUAAUGCCAUACCUAGUGCUGGACAUUCUCCACGAUUUUCCAGGAGUGCCAGGGCUUUUUGUGGCUAGUGCCUACAGUGGAACAUUAAGUACUGUGUCCUCCAGCAUCAAUGCUCUGGCUGCCGUGACUGUUGAAGACCUCAUUAGACCGUACUUCAAAUCCCUCUCUGAAAAGAAGUUGUCAUGGACUUCCAUGGGGAUGAGCCUGUUUUAUGGUGGAGUCUGCAUCGCUAUGGCUGCAGUGGCAUCUCUCCUGGGAGGCUUGCUGCAGGCAGCGCUCAGCAUUUUUGGCAUGGUCGGUGGCCCCCUUUUGGGACUGUUUUCCUUGGGAAUCCUCUGCUCCUUUGCAAAUGCAAUUGGUGCAUUUGUGGGUCUUGUCAGUGGCUUUGUUAUUUCACUUUGGGUUGGAAUCGGAUCUCAGAUUUAUCCUCCGCUCCCAGAGAGGACCAAGCCACUCUAUCUCUCAACUGCAGGCUGUAACAUAUCUUUAGAAAAUUUGACAUCAACAGUAAAUCCAUUAACAAGAAUCUCCAACACACCAACUACAGAGAGGCCUGCCCUAGCAGACAACUGGUAUUCAUUGUCUUAUCUCUACUUCAGCACACUUGGGACACUUAUCACAGUAGCUGUGGGAAUAAUUACCAGCCUCCUAACAGGAGGACUAAAGCAGAACACAGAUCGUAAAUUCCUGCUGACCAAGGAAGAUUUCCUGUCCAACUUCUCAUGGUCUAAAUCUGAGACACCAGAGAAAGUGGAAGUGUUGAACUGGAAACCAUUUACUGUGGCAGCCGAAGGAACUGACAACCCUGCUUUCAGCCCCAUUGAAAUGGAUGUUGCACGCAAUAAGAACAAAGCCAAUGGCCCUCACAUAUGA